UAAGUCAAAAUCUUCUCUUACAGUUACAGAUUACAGAGAAAGAUUUAUAAUUUGAUGCUUAUUUGUUUUACACAUAAUAGCAGCACAUAUUCAUCUUCUGUCAUUAUUGGAAAAAGUGGAGAAAUAGUGGAGUCAUCUCUGAUUUCUCUCUCCAACCUUCCAUUUAAGGGAUAAAAAAAAAGAGAAUUUUGGAGAUAAUUCUGGAAAUUCGAGAUUUUCAACUUUAAUGGAAGGGUUACCAGUAGAGCUUUGUCUUAAGAUCUUCUGUUUCUUGGAUUAUCAGAAUUUAUCUGCUGCACAACAAGUUUGUAGGAAAUGGAAGGUCUUGGGCUCAGAUAACAUUUUAUGGGCUAACCUUUUCAAGGAGAGGUGGGGUGAAGAUCGUGCUGUAUUCUAUACACCGACUGAUUCAAAAUCAUGGAAAGAUGUGUAUGAAGUGCAAGAUCGUUGUGAUCGUUUUGGACUAGGAUUGAAGAUAAUUAGAGAGGGAGUUGAUUAUUACCUAAUCUAUCGUGGUGAAAUACAACGCCAUUUGGGUCCAAAAAGACAGAGGAAGGAGCAAGAUGCCAACACUUUAAGCAGACAGGGUGAACUAACGCAAGAAGGGUCUUUGGUAGGAGGACCUAGUUAUGGGAUCCUAGAGAAGAUCCUUUUCUUCAUCGGGGAUCUAGAAGUUGCUUCUACUGAAGCAAAACGGAGUCGAUUAAUGUGAAUGGAUUGAUGUGCACUACCACUUGUGUCAAAAUUUUCAUGCUACACACGGUUGUAAUUUUACAUCAUCUCACAUUCUCCACCUAUGGAGCGUUUGAAAAUUAUGGAUAAGAAUGUAAGGGAAUGCGAAAUCACACGUUGGUGUAGGAUGAACAUCUUGCGCUUGUGUUCUCCACAAUGGUCUGGUUGUAAGCUUAAUUGUAUGUUCUAUCAUAACUAAUUCUCUUUCACUGUUUGUAAAGUUUGUAAGUCUCAGUGGAAGAUUCCCAUAUCUUCAUUUAUUAUGUAAAGUUAGUCGAACUAUCUAUUAUUGUCCUUGCGCUAUCUAAUUAAAAUUCAAAUCUUACAUUUAGAAGCCA